CGAGCGGCGUCGGCGUCGGCGUCGUUCGGCGUCGUCGUCGUCGUCGUCGUCGACGUCGUCGUCGUCGUCGUCGUCGUUAUCGCCGGCGUCAGAGCGAACACGCAGCUGCCAAGGGCAGUCUCCGGUUCUCGGUCCAGUCUGCCAUACGCCGUCGUUUCGUACGCACGAACGUCGAGCGGACUCGCGCGCGCGUGUGCACGAGAAAGAGAGAGAGAGAGAAAGAAAGAAAAAGAGAUAGAGAGAGACACACACACACACACACGCAUACAUACAUACACACACAUAUACACAUUCACACAUACGCACGAACAGACAGACGGAUAGACGUAUAACACAUAAGGAUUUAUUAAUAAUCGUACGAAACUCAUCUCGUUUUUAUCUUCUACCAUCUUCGUUUUUAUUGUCUAAUGUUUUUCUUCCUUCUCUUUUCUGCUUGCCCGUUCGAUUUUAAAUAUUAUACGUUUUAUUUUCUCCGAUUAUUCUCAUCACGAUGCGGAAAAAUCUAAUCGUCGUGUUGUGUGUGCGUGUCUCGUGAUUGUGUUUCGUCUGUUCGAGAGAUCCGAGAAAUUGUUCCACCCAAUAGAGACUGAUAAAUACGGUUUAAAUACGGUGACGUUUAUGAUCAUUGUGGGUUGAUGAUUGUUAACAUUUUUCAAAGCACGAACGUGCAGAUUUCUGUUCACUUUUCUGUGACAUCUCAACGAUAAAGGGAAUGUGCUGUCAACUGGCUGAAGGCGCAAGGGUUAGAAUCUUUCAUCACUCGUGUUUCUUGUUUUCUUCUUCGCGGAAGAUAAGGAUCGACACGAUGCUCUAACGAAGAUUUCUCAGCGGCGUGAAUUUCUUCGAGAGAGUCAGGAGGAGCUGAAGACGAGGAGGGUAGUCAUUGAACGAGGGACAAAAAAAGAAGCAAGAAAAGAAGGAGAAGGAGAAGAAGAAGAAGAAGAAGAAGAAGAAGAAGAAGUAGGAGGAGAAAUAGGAGGAGAAGAAGUAGAAGGAAGAAGAGAAGGAAGAGUAAGGAUAGAAGAAGGUGGUGAUAGUUGUUACAAGAGUGGAAGAGAGAAGAGAGACGGUGGGGCGAACCGGAACCGGAAAUGGCUGCGAGGUGGCUCCUACUGGCGCUCCUCGCCGCCCAUGCCGUGGCUCUUCCUGAUAUCAUUAGGAUAGGUGGGCUGUUUCAUCCGUCCGACGACAAACAGGAAGUGGCCUUUCGUUACGCCGUAGAAAAAAUCAACGCCAACAGGGACAUUCUGCCCAAGUCUCGUCUCAGUGCCCAGAUUGAGCAGAUAAAACCGCAAGACAGUUUUCACGCUUCCAAGAGAGUGUGCCAUUUGCUGCGGAGUGGCGUAGCUGCAAUUUUUGGACCUCAAAGUGCGCACACUGCUUCCCACGUGCAGAGCAUCUGCGACACUAUGGAAAUACCGCACUUGGAGACACGCUGGGAUUACAGACUAAGAAGACAGAGCUGCCUCGUCAACCUUUAUCCUCAUCCUACUACCCUCUCGAAGGCGUACGUUGACCUUGUGAAGGCAUGGGGUUGGAAAAGCUUUACCAUCAUAUACGAGAACAACGAAGGACUGGUGCGAUUGCAAGAGCUUUUAAAAGCUCACGGUCCGAGCGAAUUCCCCAUUACCGUUAGACAACUUAGUGAAGGCUCGGAAUAUCGGCCAUUGCUGAAGCAGAUAAAGAACUCGGCUGAGUCACACAUAGUGCUGGACUGUUCCACCGAAAGGAUUUACGAUGUGUUGAAGCAAGCUCAACAAAUAGGAAUGAUGAGCGACUAUCACAGUUACCUCAUCACUUCUUUGGAUCUUCAUAGCGUCGAUUUAGAAGAAUUUAAACAUGGCGGGACCAAUAUCACUGCCUUCCGUCUGGUUGAUCCAGAAAAGCCAGAGAUUCAGCGAGUUGUACAAGACUGGAUCUAUGGUGAGAAGCGUUAUAAUCGUGAACUCGACAUGGGCCAGGCAUCUAAUAAGAACAACCUGACGUGCAUAAAGACUGAAACCUCUUUGAUGUACGAUGCCGUACAUCUUUUUGCAAAGGCAUUACAUGAUCUGGAUACUUCUCAACAGAUCGACAUUAAACCACUUUCCUGCGAAUCCACUGACACCUGGCCUCAUGGAUAUUCUCUAAUUAAUUACAUGAAAAUCGUCGAAAUGACCGGUUUAACCGGUAUCAUCAAAUUCGAUCAUCAAGGAUUCCGUUCGGAUUUCAUUCUCGAUAUUAUUGAACUUAAUAAUAAGGAUGGUUUGAAAAAAAUCGGUACGUGGAACAGCACGAAGGGUAUAAAUUUUACGAGAAGCUACGGGGACGUUUAUACGCAAAUCGUCGAGAAUUUACAGAACAAAACUUUCAUCGUGACAACGAUAUUGAGUGCUCCAUACUGUAUGCGGAAGGAUUCGAGCGAGAAGCUUACCGGAAAUGCGCAAUUCGAGGGAUACAGCGUCGACUUGAUUUACGAGAUAUCGCGAAUCCUCGGCUUCAAUUAUACCUUCAGACUAGUGCCGGAUGGCCGUUACGGUUCGUACAAUAAGCAGACCAAGGAAUGGGAUGGGAUGAUGAAGGAGCUUCUAGACCAAAAGGCCGACCUCGCCAUCGCUGAUUUAACCAUUACUUACGACCGUGAACAGGCAGUUGAUUUUACGAUGCCUUUUAUGAAUUUAGGGAUAAGCAUACUUUAUCGUAAGCCGAUAAAGCAACCACCGAAUCUCUUCUCGUUUCUCAGUCCAUUAAGCCUUGACGUUUGGAUUUACAUGGCCACAGCUUAUCUAGGGGUGUCCGUUUUGUUGUUUAUUCUAGCAAGAUUCACACCGUACGAGUGGUAUAAUCCUCAUCCAUGCAACAAAAACCCGGAUCAUCUGGAAAAUCGGUUCAAGCUACUCAACUGCCUCUGGUUCACCAUUGGAUCGUUAAUGCGGCAGGGUUGCGAUAUUCUGCCUAAGUUCAGCCCCUACGAGUGGGAGAAUCCCCAUCCGUGCAACGGGCAGUCCGAGGUCCUCGAAAAUGAGUUCACCCUGAUGAACUCGCUCUGGUUCACCAUAGGCUCGCUCAUGCAGCAAGGCUCUGAUAUAGCGCCGAAGGCCGUAUCAACACGUAUGGUAGCCGGUAUGUGGUGGUUCUUCACACUUAUCAUGAUAUCGUCGUAUACUGCAAAUCUUGCUGCAUUUCUUACCGUCGAGAGAAUGGAUUCGCCGAUCGAGAGCGCCGAAGAUCUUGCGAAACAAACAAAGAUAAAAUAUGGCGCCUUGAAGGGCGGCAGCACUGCUGCUUUUUUCCGGGAUUCCAAUUUCUCGACGUAUCAGCGCAUGUGGUCCUUCAUGGAUUCGGCGAAGCCGACGGUAUUUACAUCGAGCAACGUCGAGGGCGUAGAUCGAGUGAUCAAGGGAAAGGGAAGCUACGCAUUCCUAAUGGAAUCCACUUCCAUUGAAUACGUAAUCGAGAGGAACUGCGACCUAACUCAAGUCGGCGGUCUCUUGGACUCGAAAGGAUAUGGCAUAGCCAUGCCACCAAAUUCGCCGUACAGGACGGCUAUAAGCGGAGCCAUACUGAAACUUCAAGAAGAAGGGAAGCUGCACUUACUGAAGACUCGAUGGUGGAAGGAGAAACGUGGAGGUGGAUCCUGCAGGGACGACACGUCAAAGAGCAGCUCAGCAGCGAACGAGUUGGGUCUAGCGAAUGUUGGUGGCGUAUUCGUUGUUCUGAUGGGUGGCAUGGGCGUUGCCUGUGUAAUAGCAGUCUGCGAGUUCGUCUGGAAGAGCAGGAAGGUCGCGAUCGAGGAACGGAAAUCAAUGUGCUACGAAAUGGCAAACGAAUUGCGUUUCGCGUUGGACUGCGGCAACGGCAAUAAGAAGAUCUCGAAAAAAUCGCAACAUCAACGACAACGUUCGAACCUUUCGAUUCUUUCAGAAGAAGAGGGUUAUGCUGCCUGUAGCAGAUAUACUCAUUUCGUUGGUAAAGCACCUUUCACGUGAACGAAGACGACUAAUUUCGACGACGAAGUUUCUCUCUCUUUGUGUAUUUGUGUUUGUGUUUGUGGUUAUUAUAUUCGUGGUUGCAUAAUUUGUGCGGUUGAAGUGCAGUGAUGGAGGCAAGAAUGAAAAUAUAAUAUUAGAGAGGUGUCAUCAUCGAAUUGAAUUAAAUUCUCCCUCUCUCUGUCUCUCUCUUUCUCUUUUCCUCUCUCUCUCUCUCUCUCUUUCUUCGUCUGUGUAUACGUCUGAUUUUUUAUAAAUAAUGCAAAAGGAGAAAAAGAAAGAGAAAGAGAGAGAGAGAGAGAGAGAGAGAGAGAGAGAGAGAGAGAGAGAGAGAGAGAGAGAAAAGUGAGAGAGAGAGAGAGAAAGAAAGAGAUUGUUCGAUACAGAUUAUAAGAAACGAUUAUGUUUUAAUACUGGUAUUUUAUCAAUUCGAUUGUUUGAGUUGUUUUGUUGGAUAAUUGAAAAUAUGAUUUGCAUCGUCAACGAUGAUCGUUACGUUAGAAUUUUUGAUUUGUAUCAUAAUUAUAUCGUUAGAAUUUGAUUUGAUUUGAAGUUUAAAAUGAAUUAUUUAAUAUUGAAUUCUAAUAAUCGUAAUUAUAUGUGUUGUGAUAAUAAUUAAUUAUCGUAGAUUGUAAUAAUAAAUAAUUAUCAUAUACGUUGUGAUAAAUAAAUCAUGAUAAUUUAUUCUAACUGUAACGUUAACGAUAAUCGUUGAGAUUUUAGGAUAUCACUGUUCUUGUUUUUAAUUCGAUUAAUAUAGAAUCGAUUGUUCUGUACAAAUUUUAUUGGAAAAUAUUCGAACGAAUACGAUAUCGAUAAGAAUUUAUCUAACGAAGCAACGUAUUAUAAUAGAAAGAUCGAACGUCGAAGAUUCGUUUCAUUUUGAAAACGUUCGACUUUGUAUAAUUAUGAAAUCGUACGUACGAAAUCAAAUUGAUAAUUGCGUGAUACGAUAAUAUUUGUGAGGAAACCAUUCGACGAAAUGGAAUUAAGAAAGGUGAAUCAGGUGCAUCGACGUUCUAUCGUCUGUAGAUAACAUUAAAAACACUUUUGUAUAUUCUCUUAUUCUCAUUAAGAAUUCAAAUUUGUAUAAAUUCAAAUCUAUGUGAGCUAAGCACGGAUUGUGUCCGCGAGUUGUUUCAAUCUACGUUCGUGUCGUUUACUUCUUACAGGAAUAUAAAGAAAAAAGAAAAAAAAGAAAAAAAAGCAGAAAAAAUUAAUAACUAUAAAAAUAAAAAUGAACGAUUCUCUCAACGGCAGGAUGCGGGAAAGAAAUCUUUUUUGUUUUAUUGGAGAAAAAAGGAGAAAAGAAGGAAAAAGAAAAGAAGAGGAAAAAGAAAACGAAACAAAAACAAAUUGAGGACGUUUAAAGACAAGUAUUUCAUAUCUCUUACUCGUCGUUUUUGUUUCAUCGUAAUCCUUAUAAAUAAAUACAUUUUAUAUUCGUUGCACCUGCCGAUGAGAGCGAAGGGUAUUUAUACGAGAGAGAAAAAGUGAGAGGAAGAAAAAAGAGAAAAAAAAAGAAGUAAAUAAAUAAAUACAUAAAAAGGAAAAAAAAAGAAAAAUGUAAAGAAAGAAAGAAAGAAAGAAAGGUUUUUCAUACACACUUCGAUUUGUUCGAAAAGGUAUUAGAGAAAGGUAGAAAAAAGAAUUGAGAAAAGAGAAAGGAAAAAAGCGAAAGAGUAAAAAGAAAACUUCAAGUUGAUAUAGUUCGUUAUUUGCGUUCAUCAUAGAAAUUUGUACAAAACUUUUACUAACCAAGCAGUAUUAAUUUCCGUCUUCCGUCUCGUAUAGAUAGAUUUUAAAUUAAAAUGCAUAUAAUAAUGACGUGACAAGCUUUGUAAUCCGUCGAGCUUAAUCGAAAAGGAUCUUUUUUUUUGUUUUUCAAUAAAAAAGAAAGAAAAGCAUACAAAGAGGGAUAGAGGAAAAGUAAAGUAAUUAUAAUUAAAAUAAAAAUUAAAACGAUGGAACAAUCGAAGGACAUAUUUAUAAAAAAAUACAUUCGUUUUGUGUUGCUCGCCUCUUUCUUUCUUUUUUAAAUCUUCCACGUGUGCUCCCGAGAAAAGAACUACUAUGCUCCUUUUCGUCCGUUCGACUCGAAAAUAAGCGAGAGAAAAGGUUUAAAAAUAGAGGCUCGUCGUUACACUUUUGAAGACAUUAAAAAAGCCUGCAAAUCUCAUCUUUUUACUUCUCAGAUUCGAUUUACGAGAUCUUUCAUUAAAAAAGAAAAGAAAAAAGCAAAAAAAAAAAGAAAAAAACAUUAAAAAUCAAAUUACGAAUCGUUUUACGUAUGUACAAAGACACGAAAGAGAGAAAGAAAGAAAGAAAGAGAAAGAGAGAGAGAGAGAAAGAAAAAGAAAGAUAGAGAUAAAGAAAUUAACGAUGACACACAUACACGUACGCACACACAUACACAUACACGUACAUAUACACAUACACACACAUAAGUUAACACUCAAUAUGCACCUGUAAAUAUCGUCUGUAUUCCAUACUUGUUAAAUCGCGUUCGCGUAACAUCGUACAAUUUUGUCAAGAGGCUAUUGAUUAUAUACUUCUUAUAUAAAAAAAAAAGAUAAGAAACCACCACCAACAAAAACAAUAACAAAUAACAACAACAACAACAACAACAACAACAACAACAACAACAACAACAACAAUAACAAAUAUGUACUACGAAGUAACGUAUUAAACGUGAAUAAACUAUU